UUCCGGAGUAAGAUGGCGGCAGCGAGGGUCCUGAGGAGCUGGAGUCGGAGCGCCAGGCAUCUGAGUUGUGUUAAUCAUAUUCAAAUAUGCAGGAGUAUUCAUGCUGUGAAGCCAAAAUAUACAUGUCUCUUUGGUUAUUCUUCCUUCCAGUUUAGUCAUCCACAACGGUUAUUGAGAACAACUAGUACUGUAAAUGGACAAAUCGUUCAAUUUAAACUCUCAGACAUUGGGGAAGGGAUUACAGAAGUGAUAGUCAAAGAAUGGUAUGUAAAAGAAGGAGAUACUGUGUCUCAGUUUGAUAGCAUCUGUGAAGUACAAAGUGAUAAAGCUUCUGUCACUAUCACUAGUCGUUAUGAUGGUAUCAUUAGAAAACUCUACUAUGCUCUAGAGGACACUGCCUUUGUGGGGAAGCCAUUAGUAGACAUAGAAACAGAAUCUCUAAAAGAUUCAGAAGAAGAUGUUGUUGAAACACCUGCAGUGUUUCAUGAUGAACAUACCCACCAGGAAAUAAAGGGCCAUAAGACACUAGCAACUCCUGCAGUUCGUCGCCUUGCCAUGGAAAACAAUAUAAAACUAAGUGAAGUUGUUGGAACAGGAAAGGAUGGUAGAAUCCUAAAAGAAGAUAUUCUCAAUUAUUUGGCAAAGCAAACGGGAGCUAUUUUACCUCCAUCACCAAAAUCUGAAAUCAUCACACCUUUACCAAAAUCUGAAAAAAUUCAGAUUGUAUCAAAAGAUAAGCCUAUUCCUUUACCAGUGUCAAAACCUAAAGUACUUACGGACAAGGACAGAACAGAGCCCAUAACAGGCUUUGAGAGAGCUAUGGUCAAGACCAUGACUAUGGCCAUGAAGAUUCCUCAUUUUGGUUAUUGUGAUGAGGUUAACGUUACUGAACUGGUUAAACUACGAGAACAAUUAAAACCUCUAGCUUUGGCCCGUGGAAUUAAACUCUCCUUUAUGCCUUUUUUCUUAAAGGCUGCAUCUUUGGGAUUAUUACAAUUUCCUAUCCUCAAUGCUUCAGUGGAUGAAAACUGCCAGAAUAUAACAUAUAAGGCUUCUCAUAACAUUGGAGUUGCUAUGGAUACUUCACAAGGGCUUAUUGUCCCCAAUGUGAAAAAUGUUCAACUGUGUUCUGUAUUUGAGAUUGCCAUUGAAUUAAAUCGUCUACAGAAACUGGGUGCUACAAAUCAGCUGGGAACUGCUGAUAUCACAGGGGGAACAUUUACUCUUUCCAACAUUGGAUCAAUUGGUGGUACCUAUGCCAAACCGGUGAUAUUGCCACCUGAAGUAGCAAUUGGGGCUCUGGGAGCCAUAAAGGUUCUGCCUCGGUUUAAUGAGACAGGUAAAUUAAAAAAGACACAAAUAAUGAAUGUGAGCUGGUCCGCCGAUCAUAGGAUUAUUGAUGGUGCUACAAUGUCCCGCUUCUCUAAUUUAUGGAAAUCCUACUUGGAAAAUCCAGCUUCUAUGCUGCUGGAUUUGAAAUAAAUAUUGAUUUGAAACAUCUUUCAACUUUCUGGGCAUCAGAAGAAUGUAUAAAACCUAGCUAUGCUAGACCAUGUUCUUUAUUGAAAUUUAUAUUAUAUCAAUGAUUACAUUAUGUGACCAAGAUCCCACAGUAAAACAUCAGUCUCUCUUGCCAUUUUGCACUUUUAAAUUUAAAUGUGCAACUUUAUUGUAACUGUCUUAAGGCUGACCAAUUUCAUAAGACAGAGUGUGAUGUAUAACAUUUAUUGUGGUACUGAGUUCUUAAGUGUAGGAGAUACUGGCCACAGAGACUGAGAUUACUCAAAACUACAUACAGUAUCUCAGUAUAAUUUUUAGAAACUGUCUCUUAAGGUUUGGGAAAAGGAAUUUAUAUACAUUGCCUAAUAUUAAUUACACAACUUCUUAAAUAAAGUGCACUUAUGUUUAUCUUUAAA